AUGUUUUAUUUGAGUUUACUAUUUGUCAUAAAUGUGUGUUCUGCGAAUUUAGAGAUUUUGGAAAAUACUGAAUCCUCUGAAACAUUUAGAAUUCAUCUUGGAGAGCCAAAUAUCAUUUAUUCGAUGCCGGAGGCUGACGAUGCGACAUUAAUGACAUUUUAAUAGAAUAGUUUUUGUUAGGUGAAAUAAUAAACAGUUUAAACUGAAACCUAACAAUUUACAAUCAUAUAGUAGGAUGACUUUAAAGACUAUGACUUUGAGAUGGAUACCCCAUUAAAUUUCCGAGAGUUCAUAGGGAUGGUACAUAUAAAUGAUGGCAUGUUGGCAAUAACAUCAGAUGCAGUGGCUUAUUUAAUAAAGUUUAACUAUGACAAUGUUUUAUCCAAAUAAGGAUUUGCAACAUAUGGAAACUCUGUUGAUUUUGCAGGUGUGAUUUGGAAAGCCAAUCUCUAACCAAUACUGCCAUCAAUUCAAUCAAGAGAUGAAUUGCCUUAAUUGGUGUAUUCAAAAAAGAAUAAUUGGGCCUUUGUAUUAUAUUCAGACAGCGCCUAAUACUUUAGUGUGGCUGAGAUGGAGAAAAACGAUAAAACUAUGUACAUCGACUAGAUAUCCAAUUGGAUUCAAAGGGAGGAACGAGGAUUGACCAAAGAAAUAGAUGGAUACUUAUUUUCUGCAGUUGGUAGGGCUGGAAUGGACAUCUAUGAAAUAAGAGAGAAUGAUGUCAUCUAUAAGUAUACAGUAACAUUGCAGGACUUUAAAUUGUAGAAGGAGUAGUUGGAAUUAAAGGAUUUCGCAAUUGUCAAAGUAAAAGAUGGAUAAUAUCAAUUAUACUUACUUGAUGUUAAAUAGGGUUUGAUUUUAGCCUAUAUGUUCAUCAAUUAAUAAGGAUUCUAAUUUGAAUUGGUGAUUGACGUAUAGAGUUAAAAGGGUGGAAUAGCUGUGGAUACCAAGAAUGGCAAGAACGUAUUUGCAGCCUUCGAAUAGAAUGGAAUCUAUUUUUACAUUGAAUAUCUAAUAAACUUUAGUUAGAAAUCAUGUUCCAUAAUAACCAAAUAGGAAAGCAAUUAUAGAAUAGUUGAUGUUGAUGCCACAGAUGAAUUUGCCAUCAUAAGCGGUGUUAGUCAUCAUUAGAUUGUGUUUAACAAUGGCUACGACUUUCUGGCCCCACAUAAGCAAAAGAUUAUGUUUACAUAAAUAGGAAUGAGAGAUUUCCAAUUCUUUUAGUACACCUAUGAAGAAGGUCUAUUAAAGGCGGCUGUAAAGGAUGAAUAUUAAUAUGAUGAUUUCUUCUUUGGAGUCACUGCCAAUAACGCUUUUCUUACUAAAUUUAAGUUUGUCCCUGCAAGAGUAGUUUGCUUUGCUGAUCAUAAUGAAAAGGGAUCGCUUAAUUAAUAUUAUACUUUGAAAUUCAAUCAAUCCCAUGUUGAAAAUAACAUUGUAUCGACCAAUAAAGUGAUAAGAACAACAAAGAGUUUCACUGUUCAAGUUGUGACAACGUUUUUGUUCGCUUAACAAUGGAGAUUAAUUAGAAUCUUACUUAUUGUAUUAGGAGCAAUUAUCUUCACCUCCUGUAAGUAUCACAUUAUAUAUUUAAGGCGGAGUUAUCAUGUAUUAAUUUAGACAAUAUAGAAUUUAAGAGUAAAAUUUGGAUGA